AGUGCACAGGUGUUUGUACAGGGCGGACCAUGAGCGUGUCAGGCGCCUCCAGCUUUGCCCCACAGGACAUGGGGGCAAAGACCACGAAAACCACACCCCCUUUUCACCCCAAAAUCAGUCCGUCCGAAGAAGUGAAGACCAUGGCCCCAGACCCAGUAGCUGCUGAUGUAGUGGUGACCAAUAAGAGCAGUGCCCACACCACGGCUGAUGACCUGGGACUCACGGACCGGGAGAAGGAACAGUCGUGCGGCUGGGGGCGGUUCACUCCCGCAUGUCUGCAGUGCUGCAACAAUGCCAACGGAGUCCUGUUGUUCCUGUGCCUGUUCUCGUUCACACAAGGCGUCAUCGUGAACGGUUUGGUCAAUGUGAGCAUCACGUCCAUAGAGACCAGGUUUGAACUGCCCAGCUCCAAUACAGGCAUCGUCUCCGCUAGUUACGAUAUCGCCUUCGUGGUGCUGGCGCUGUUCGUGACGUUUCACGCCGGGCAGGGCAACAGUAAACCCAAGUGGUUAGCCUUCGGUAGUUUCUCUUUAGGUCUGGGAGCCCUGAUCUACUCCCUGCCUCACUUCACCACCGGUCCGUACGUGUACGGCACGGGACAGACGGAGACAUGCGACAUCGGCGGGAACUCCACCAGUCAGGACUGCAGCAGCGGCAGCACAGGCACUGGUCUAAGGAAUUAUCUCUACGUCUUUAUUUUAGGCCAGCUGCUCCACGGUGUGGGUGGCACACCCUUGUACACCCUGGGUACAACAUUCCUGGACGAAAACGUUGAGAAAACGAACUCAGGGAUGUAUAUCGGAUUAUUUUACGCAGCCUCCACGCUGGGCCCGGCUGCAGGGUAUCUGAUAGGAGGACAGUUUCUCAACAUCUACACUGACAUCGACCUCGGGCGGACAGGGGACGGACUAACCGAUGCGGAUCCGCGGUGGGUGGGCGCCUGGUGGAUCGGGUUCCUGAUGUGCACCUUCCUCGCCUGGUCCAUCACUAUUCCCCUCCUCGGCUAUCCAAAAGAACUGCCAGGUGCGGCAGAAAUCAAAGCCAAUAAAGAGUCUGAGGCACACGUCAAGGGAGGGGCGGACGUGGCGUCUCAACCGGACUUUGGGAAGAGUUGGAGAGACUUUCCCAUCGCUGUGAAGAUCCUCCUGCUCAACCCGACCUUCAUGUUUGUGAGCCUUGCCGGUGCGUUUGAAGGCUUCCUGACCAGCGGACUGGCCACAUUCGGUCCCAAGUUUGUGGAGAUGCAGUUUAGUCAGACGUCAGGAUGGGCCGCCAUGCUUUGCGGGUUUGUCGUGGUUCCGGGCGCCGCUGGGGGAAACAUUCUGGGCGGAGUCAUCAUGAAGUUCAUGAAGCUGAAGUGCAGGGGCAUGCUGAGGCUGUGUAUCAUCCUGGGCGGGGUCUGCCUGGCGCUGUACCUGGUGUUCCUUGUGCAGUGUCCAAACAUCCCGUUUGCCGGAGUCACACAGCGGUACACCAACAGCUCAGUGGACCCAAUAGUGUCCGGGCUCAACCUUACCAGUCAAUGCAAUACUGACUGUACCUGCCAGGAGGAGUACUACACACCCACCUGUGGGGCGGACGGCAUGCAGUACUUCUCGCCUUGUCAUGCAGGCUGUACUGUCUUGACGGACACAGACGGAACAAAGCGCUACCACAACUGCACGUGCAUUUUCUACGAUUCUGUGGCCAGCCUGGCAGACACCAUUCAGGGGAAGUGCGAAUCGACCUGCAGCACCAUGCCGGUGUUCCUGGCCAUGUUCUUCGCCAUCAUGCUGCUAACGUUCGCUAACAACCCCCUGGCCACGGGAGCCACGCUCAGGUGCGUCCCUUAUAACCAGCAGGGGUUCUCUCUUGGGGUGCAAAACAUAUUUGGGAGACUCAUAGGAUCAAUCCCCGGGCCGGUGAUCCUGGGAGCGAUCUUGGACAGCUCCUGCGUGUUGUGGGGGGAGUCGUGUGGUGAGACGGGCUCGUGUCUACAGUAUGACAACCAGCACAUGGGGUACAGCCUUCUCGCCUUGAUGUUAUCCGUGAAGACGGUAGCAUGUAUCCUGUUUAUGGCAGCGUACAUGUCCUACACGCCGCCACCUUCUGUAGGCAUGGUCAAGACGAUGACACAGACCACGCUCACAAGGAUGGAGUCAACUGCGGAGAUCGCUGUUAUUAGCACAUAAGCCGCUAGGAAGCGCUUCUGUACGGGUACAAUGUUCUCAACAUUCUAAAAAGUGAUUGUCUGGUUGAGCUAUAUAUGUUACGUCAAUAACAUGUGUAAACGCGAUUUUAAAGAAAGCAAUUAUUGUAAUACAAACAGAAAUGACUCAGCACGUCAAUGGCAUACGUAGUUAUAUGUAUGAUAUAAUCAAGUAUUUCUAUCUCAUAAUGGAAUUUGUAUUGUAUAUUUGUGACAAAGAAGCUUCUUUUUACACUUUAUACUGCGUAUGUAUAUGUAUAUGUACAUAUACAUGUAAAUGUAUAUACCAUAUAGAUGUACAUCAUGAACGACAAAUGUAUAUGUAUAAGUUUAUUAUAUCUUAUGUCCUGUUUCACGCUAUAUGGUUAUUCAGAACGUACUAUUCACAUGUAUAUAGUGUAUUACAUGUCCAUAUAGGUGUUAAUGUUAUCAAUUUUGAAUUCUAAUUUAGUUGGUUUAUGCUAUAUAAUAACACAUAUUCUAAGUCAUUGACCUACAUUUUCAUAUUCAGGCAACGUCUUAGGAAGGAACAACGCUGUAAAGUAAAAUCUUAUUAUUUACGUACCAUUUACAGUGUUAUCUAUUUUUGAUGACGCACAUGGGGCGGGUGCAUUUUUAAAGCUUUUGCAAGGAGUUUUUUCUGACUUGUUCAUAUGGCCUGAUACAUCCCAAUUUCUUUCUAUUCAAGCGUGCUCUGCCAUAAUCUGGAAGUAUCAUAUUUCUCACUACACUGGUGUCUGUUGUGAGACAAAAAAGUUAUUAAAGCAAAGUUGUUGUAUUCCA